AUGCAGAGCGAACGCUUGUUAAAGGUGUUGGUGGUGGGAGAUUUGGGGGUAGGAAAGACCGCUAUAAUUCGGCGCUAUGUGCACCAGGUUUUCUCUCGGCAUUACCGCGCUACUAUAGGAGUGGACUUCGCUCUCAAAGUGCUGCACUGGGACCCACUCACUGUCAUCCGCCUUCAGCUGUGGGACAUCGCUGGACAGGAGCGCUAUGGGAACAUGACCCGCGUCUACUACCGUGAAGCAGUAGGGGCUCUGGUUGUUUUUGACAUGACCCGAGUUUCUACUUUCCAAGCUGUGCUCAAAUGGAAGGGAGAUCUGGAUGCUAAAGUGGCUCUCAGUAAUGGUUACCCGGUACCAGCUGUUUUGCUGGCAAACAAGUGUGACCAGCAGAGAGACGGCAUGUGUGCCAAACUGCCCAAGCUGGAGACUUUUUCAAAAGAGCAUGGCUUUGUGGGAUUGUACAUGACAUCAGCGAAGGACAGCACAAACAUUGAUAAAGCCAUCAUGUGUCUGGUUAAGCACAUCAUGGCCAGCAAUGUGGAAAACAGCCCUGUGGACCCCGACCCCAAUCUAGUGAUUCUUCCUGCGAGUGACUACAACCUACACAAACAGAAUCAUUCCAGCUGUUCAGCCUGUUCCAGAAUAUACAAGCCUUCCAAAGAUUCCGGAUUCUUCUAGCUAAAUAUGAAAGAAUCGAACUCACUGCUACUCUAUCCAGGAUAAAGCGGUGGUAAAACAGACAAUGAAUGAAUGAACUUGAUAACUGUUAAUAUAGUACAUGUAUUUACUUGGUUUUAAAGCAGUACUAAAUUA